AUGCCCAGUCAUGGCCAGAGCGAGACACCAACGAGUGUCCCUCUCCUCCCCCUCCCCCUUUCUCUCCCCUCUCUCCUCUUCUCUGUUAUCUUACAUCCUCCCCCUCCCCCUUUCUCUCCCCUCUCUCCUCUUCUCUGUUAUCUUACAUCCUCCUCUCCUCCUCCUCCCCCUUUCUCUCUCCUCUCUCCUCUUCUCUGUUAUCUUACAUCCUCCUCUCCUCCUCCUCCCCCUUUCUCUCUCCUCUCUCCUCUUCUCUGUUAUCUUACAUCCUCCUCUCCUCCUCCUCCCCCUUUCUCUCUCCUCUCUCCUCUUCUCUGUUAUCUUACAUCCCCCUCUCCUCCUCCUCCCCCUUUCUCUCUCCUCUUCUCUGUUAUCUUACAUCCCCCUCUCCUCCUCCUCCCCCUUUCUCUCUCCUCUUCUCUGUUAUCUUACAUCCCCCUCUCCUCCUCCUCCCCCUUUCUCUCCCCUCUCUCCUCUUCUCUGUUAUCUUACAUCCCCCUCUCCUCCUCCUCCCCCUUUCUCUCCCCUCUCCCCUCUUCUCUCUUAUCUUACAUCCCCCUCUCUUCUUCCCUCUCUUUCUCUCCCCUCUCUCCUCUUCUCUCUUAUCUUACACCCCCCUCUCCUCCUCCUCCCUCUUUCUCUCCCCUCUCCCCUCUUCUCUCUUAUCAUACAUCCCCCUCUCUUCUUCCCCCUCUUUCUCUCCCCUCUCUCCUCUUCUCUGUUAUCAUACAUCCCCCUCUCUUCUUCCCCCUCUUUCUCUCCCCUCUCUCCUCUUCUCUGUUAUCUUACAUCCCCCUCUCCUCCUCCUCCCCAUUUCUCUCCCCUCUCUCCUCUUCUCUGUUAUCUUACAUCCCCCUCUCCUCCUCCUCCCCCUUUCUCUCCCCUCUCUCCUCUUCUCUGUUAUCUUACAUCCCCCUCUCCUCCUCCUCCCCAUUUCUCUCCCCUCUCUCCUCUUCUCUGUUAUCAUACAUCCCCCUCUCUUCUUCCCCCUCUUUCUCUCCCCUCUCUCCUCUUCUCUGUUAUCUUACAUCCCCCUCUCCUCCUCCUCCCCCUUUCCUCCCCUCUCCCCUCUUCUCUCUUAUCAUACAUCCCCCUCUCUUCUUCCCCCUCUUUCUCUCCCCUCUCUCCUCUUCUCUGUUAUCUUACAUCCCCCUCUCCUCCUCCUCCCCCUUUCUCUCCCCUCUCCCCUCUUCUCUCUUAUCAUACAUCCCCCUCUCUUCUUCCCCCUCUUUCUCUCCCCUCUCUCCUCUUCUCUGUUAUCAUACAUCCCCCUCUCUUCUUCCCCCUCUUUCUCUCCCCUCUCUCCUCUUCUCUGUUAUCUUACAUCCCCCUCUCCUCCUCCUCCCCCUUUCUCUCCCCUCUCUCCUCUUCUCUGUUAUCUACAUCCCCCUCUCCUCCUCCUCCCCAUUUCUCUCCCCUCUCUCCUCUUCUCUGUUAUCAUACAUCCCCCUCUCUCUUCUUCCCCCUCUUUCUCUCCCCCUCUCUCCUCUUCUCUGUUAUCUUACAUCCCCCUCUCCUCCUCCUCCCCCUUUCUCUCCCCUCUCCCCUCUUCUCUCUUAUCAUACAUCCCCCUCUCUUCUUCCCCUCUUUCUCUCCCCUCUCUCCUCUUCUCUGUUAUCAUACAUCCCCCCUCUCAUCCCCCUCUCUUCUCUCCCCCUCAUUCUCUCUCCCCCCUCUCUCCUCUCCUCUUCUCUGUUAUCUUACAUCCCCCUCUCCUCCUCCUCCCCCUUUCUCUCACGACCCUCUCUCCUCUUCUCUGUUAUCAUACAUCCCCCUCUCCUCCUCUUCCCCCUUUCUCUCUCCCCUCUCUCCUCUUCUCUGUUAUCUUACAUCCCCCUCUCCUCCCCCUCCCCCUUUCUCUCCCCUCUCUCCUCUUCUCUGUUAUCUUACAUCCUCCUCUCCUCCUCCUCCCCCCUUUCUCUCCCCUCUCUCCUCUUCUCUGUUAUCUUACAUCCUCCUCUCCUCCUCCUCCCCCUUUCUCUCCCCUCUCUCCUCUUCUCUGUUAUCUUACAUCCCCUCUCCUCUCUCCUCCUCCCCCUCUUUCUCUCCCCUCUCUCCUCUUCUCUGUUAUCUUACAUCCCCUCUCCUCCUCCUCCCCCUUUCUCUCCCCUCUCUCCUCUUCUCUGUAUUACAUUAUCUUACAUCCCCCCUCUCCUCUUCCUCCCCUCUUUCUUUCUCCCCUCUCUCCUCUUCUCUGUUAUCUUACAUCCCCCCUCUCCUCCUCCUCCCCCUUUCUCUCCCCUCUCUCCUCUUCUCUGUUAUCUUACAUCCCCCUCUCCUCCUCCUCCCCCUUUCUCUCCCCUCUCUCCUCUUCUCUGUUAUCUUACAUCCCCUCUCCUCCUCCUCCCCCCUUUCUCUCCCCUCUCUCUCCCUCUUCUCUGUUAUCUUACAUCCCCCUCUCCUCCCCUCCCCUUUCUCUCCCCUCCUCCUCUUCUCUGUUAUCUUACAUCCCCCUCUCCCCCUCUCCCCCCUCCCCCUUUCUCCCUCCCCUCUCUCCUCUUCUCUGUUAUCUUACAUCCUCCUCUCCUCCUCCUCCCCCUUUCUCUCCCCUCUCUCCUCUUCUCUGUUAUCUUACAUCCCCCUCUCCUCCUCCUCCCCCUUUCUCUCCCCUCUCUCCUCUCUUCUCUGUUAUCUUACAUCCCCCUCUCUUCCUCCUCCCUCUUUCUCUCCCCUCUCUCCUCUUCUCUGUUAUCUUACACCCCCCUCUCCUCCUCCUCCCUCUUUCUCUCCCCUCUCUCUCCUCUUCUCUCUUAUCAAACAUCCCCCUCUCUUCUUCCCCCUCUUUCUCUCCCCUCUCUCCUCUUCUCUGUUAUCAUACAUCCCCCUCUUUCCUCCUCCUCCCCCUUUCUCUCUCCUCUCUCCUCUUCUCUGUUAUCUUACAUCCCCCUCUCCUCCUCCUCCCCCUUUCUCUCUCCUCUCUCCUCUUCUCUGUUAUCUUACAUCCCCCUCUCCUCCUCCUUUCUCUGUUAUCUCUCCCCUCUCUCCCCUCUUUCUCUCUCCUCUUAUCAUACAUCCCCCUCUCCUCCUCCCCCCCUUUCUCUCCCCUCUCUCCUCUUCUCUGUUAUCUUACAUCCCCUCUCCUCCUCCUCCCCUUUCUCUCCCCUCUCCCCUCUUCUCUCUUACAUCCCCCCUCUUUCUCUCCCCUCGUUCUCUCCCCUCUCUCCUCUUCUCUGUUAUCUUACAUCCCCCCUCUUCCUCCUCCCCCUCUUUCUCUCCCCUCUCCCCUCUUCUCUCUUAUCAAACAUCCCCCUCUCUCUUCCCCCUCUUUCUCUCCCCUCUCUCCUCUUCUCUGUUAUUCAUACAUCCCCCUCUCUUUCUUUUCCCCCUCUUUUCUCUCCCCUCUCUCCUCUUCUCUGUUAUCUUACAUCCCCCUCUCCUCCUCCUCCCUCUUUCUCUCCCCUCUCCCUCUUCUCUGUUAUCAUACAUCCCCCUCUCUUCUUCCCCCUCUUUCUCUCCCCUCUCUCCUCUUCUCUGUUAUCUUACAUCCCCCUCUCCUCCUCCUCCCCCUUUCUCUCCCCUCUCUCCUCUUCUCUCUUAUCUUACAUCCCCCUCUCCUCCUCCUCCCCAUUUCUCUCCCCUCUCCCCUCUUCUCUGUUAUCAUACAUCCCCCUCUCUUCUUCCCCCUCUUUCUCUCCCCUCUCUCCUCUUCUCUGUUAUCUUACAUCCCCCUCUCUCUUCCCCCUCUUUCUCUCCCCCUCUCCUCCUCCUCCCCCUUUCUCUCCCCUCUCUCCUCUUCUCUGUUAUCUUACAUCCCCCUCUCCUCCUCCUCCUCCUUUCUCUCCCCUCUCUCCUCUUCUCUGUUAUCUUACAUCCCCCUCUCCUCCUCCUCCCCAUUUCUCUCCCCUCUCCCCUCUUCUCUGUUAUCCAUCCCCCUCUCUUCUUCCCCCUCUUUCUCUCCCCUCUCUCCUCUUCUCUGUUAUCUUACAUCCCCCUCUCCUCCUCCUCCCCCUUUCUCUCCCCUCUCUCCUCUUCUCUGUUAUCUUACAUCCCCCUCUCCUCCUCCUCCCCCUUUCUCUCCCCUCUCUCCUCUUCUCUGUUAUCUUACAUCCCCCUCUCCUCCUCCUCCCCCUUUCUCUCCCCUCUCUCCUCUUCUCUGUUAUCUUACAUCCCCCUUUCCUCUCCUCCUCCUCUGUUAUCCUCCCCCCCUUCUCUCCUCCCCUCUCUCCUCUUCUCUGUUAUCUUACAUCCCCCUCUCCUCCUCCUCCCCCUUUCUCUCCCCUCUCUCCUCUUCUCUGUUAUCUUACAUCCCCCUCUCCUCCUCCUCCCCCUUUCUCUCCCCUCUCUCCUCUUCUCUGUUAUCUUACAUCCCCCUCUCCUCCUCCUCCCCCUUUCUCUCCCCUCUCUCCUCUUCUCUGUUAUCUUACAUCCCCCUCUCCUCCUCCUCCCCUUUCUCUCCCCUCUCUCCUCUUCUCUGUUAUCUUACAUCCCCCUCUCCUCCUCCUCCCCCUUUCUCUCCCCUCUCUCCUCUUCUCUGUUAUCUUACAUCCCCCUCUCCUCCUCCUCCCCCUUUCUCUCCCCUCUCUCCUCUUCUCUGUUAUCUUACAUCCCCCUCUCCUCCUCCUCCCCCUUUCUCUCCCCUCUCUCCUCUUCUCUGUUAUCUUACAUCCCCCUCUCCUCCUCCUCCCCCUUUCUCUCCCCUCUCUCCUCUUCUCUGUUAUCUUACAUCCCCCUCUCCUCCUCCUCCCCCUUUCUCCCCUCUCUCCUCUUCUCUGUUAUCUUACAUCCCCCUCUCCUCCUCCUCCCCCCCUUCCUCUCUCCCCUCUCUCCUCUUCUCUGUUAUCUUACAUCCUCCUCUCCUCCUCCUCCCCCUUUCUCUCCCCUCUCUCCUCUUCUCUGUUAUCUUACAUCCCCCUCUCCUCCUCCUCCCUCUUUCUCUCCCCUCUCUCCUCUUCUCUGUUAUCUUACAUCCCCCUCUCCUCCUCCUCCCCCUUUCUCUCCCCUCUCUCCUCUUCUCUGUUAUCUUACAUCCCCCUCUCCUCCUCCUCCCCCUUUCUCUCCCCUCUCUCCUCUUCUCUGUUAUCUUACAUCCCCCUCUCCUCCUCCUCCCCCUUUCUCUCCCCUCUCUCCUCUUCUCUGUUAUCUUACAUCCCCCUCUCCUCCUCCUCCCCCUUUCUCUCCCCUCUUCUCUGUUAUCUUACAUCCCCCUCUCCUCCUCCUCCCUCUUUCUCUCCCCUCUCUCCUCUUCUCUGUUAUCUUACAUCCCCCUCUCCUCCUCCUCCCUCUUUCUCUCCCCUCUCUCCUCUUCUCUCUUAUCAUACAUCCCCUUCUCCUUUCUCUUUUCCCCCAUCUCCUCUCUUUCCUCGCCUCUCCGUCCCUCCCCCUCUCUCUCCCCUCCUCUCUUCCCCUCUUCUCCCUUAUCUCCCUUCUCCCUCUCUCUCUUUCCCUCUCCUCUCUCUUCUCCUCUCCAAUCCUCACCCCUUCUCCCCUCUCCUCUCCACUUCUUUCUCCUCUCACCCCCUCUCUGCGCCUCUACUCCCUUCUCCUCUCAUCUCCUCUCCUCCUCCCCUCUCCUCCCAUCUCCUCUCCUCCUCUCUCCUCCUCUCUCCUCCCCUCUCCUCUUCUCCGCUCAUCUCCUCUCCUCCUCUCUCCUCCCCUCUCCUCCUCUCCUCUCAUCUCCUCUCCUCCUCUCUCCUCCCCUCUCCUCCUCUCCUCUCCUCUCCUCCUCUCUCCUCCUCUCCCCUCCCCUCUCUUCUCUCUCCUCCCCUCUUCCCUCUCCUUCUAUACUCCCAUCUCCUCUCCCUGACCCUCUCCUCCUCUCUCCUCUCCCCUACCCUCUCUUCUCUCUCUCCUCUCCUCUCCUCCUCUCCUUCCCUCUUCCCUCUCCUUCUAUACUCUCAUCUCCUCCUCUCUCCUCUCCCCGACCCUCUCUCCCUCCCCACUCCUCCUCUCUCCUCUCUCCUCUCCUCUCCUUCCCCCUCUCCCCUCUCCUCUCCUCUCUCCUCUCCCCUACCCUCUCUCCUCUCCUCUCUAUCCUCCCUACUCCUCCUCUCUCCUCCUCUCUCCUCCCCUCUCCUCCUCUCCUCUCCUCUCCUCCUCUCUCCUCCCCUCUCCUCCUCUCCUCUCCUCUCCUCUCCUCCUCUCUCCUCCUCUCCCCUCCCCUCUCUUCUCUCUCCUCCCCUCUUCCCUCUCCUUCUAUACUCCCAUCUCCUCUCCCUGACCCUCUCCUCCUCUCUCCUCUCCCCGACCCUCUCUCCUCCCCUCUCCUCCUCUCUCCUCUCCCCUACCCUCUCUCCUCUCCUCUCUAUCCUCCCUACUCCUCCUCUCUCCUCCUCUCUCCUCCCCUCUCCUCCUCUCCUCUCCUCUCCUCCUCUCUCCUCCCCUCUCCUCCUCUCCUCUCCUCUCCUCUCCUCCUCUCUCCUCCUCUCCCCUCCCCUCUCUUCUCUCUCCUCCCCUCUUCCCUCUCCUUCUAUACUCCCAUCUCCUCUCCCUGACCCUCUCCUCCUCUCUCCUCUCCCCUACCCUCUCUUCUCUCUCCUCUCUCCUCUCCUCUCCUCCUCUCCUUCCCUCUUCCCUCUCCUUCUAUACUCUCAUCUCCUCCUCUCUCCUCUCCCCGACCCUCUCUCCUCCCCACUCCUCCUCUCUCCUCUCUCCUCUCCUCUCCUUCCCCUCUUCCCUCUCCUCCUCUCUCCUCUCCCCUACCCUCUCUCCUCUCCUCUCUAUCCUCCCUACUCCUCCUCUCUCCUCCUCUCUCCUCCCCUCUCCUCCUCUCCUCUCCUCUCCUCCUCUCUCCUCCCCUCUCCUCCUCUCCUCUCCUCUCCUCUCCUCCUCUCUCCUCCUCUCCCCUCCCCUCUCUUCUCUCUCCUCCCCUCUUCCCUCUCCUUCUAUACUCCCAUCUCCUCUCCCUGA